AUGUCAGCUCCUUGUAUUUUCUGUAAAAUCAUCAAAGGUGAAAUCCCAUCAUUCAAAUUAUUUGAAACUGAACUGACUUAUUCAUUCUUGGAUAUCCAACCAACAGCCAAAGGUCAUGCUUUAGUCAUCCCAAAAGAACAUGGUGGAAAAUUACACAAUUUAUCAGAUGAAUCAUUAGCAGAUUUAUUACCAAUGGCUAAAAAAAUUGCUAAAUUGUUAGAUGUCACCAAUGAUGGCCCAGAAGGUGUUGGUUAUAACAUCUUACAAAACAAUGGUAGAAUUGCUCAUCAAGAAGUUGAUCAUGUUCAUUUCCAUGUCAUUCCAAAAGUUGAUAAAGAAACUGGUUUAGGUGUUGGCUGGCCAGCUCAAGCUACUGAUUUUGAAGCUCUUGGUAAAUUACACAAGGAAUUGUUGGCUAAGUUGGAAAGUGGUAAAUUUUAG